CUCUAGGGCUACCUGCCGCAGUCAAGCCGGCAGAUGUCCACCAUGCGCUCCGCUCAGAUCUUCUCCUCUGCCCUCUCUGAGAUGCAGAAGUUCUACGGGAUCACAGUCACUGGCGUCCUGGAUGAGGAGACCAAAAUGUGGAUGAAGCGUCCUCGUUGCGGGGUCCCAGACCAGUUUGGGGUCCAGAUGAAGUCCAAUAUGCGGCGGAAGCGGUACGCGCUCACGGGGCGACGCUGGAGCCAGAGUCAUCUCACGUUCAGCAUCCAGAACUACACGGAGAAGCUGGGCCGGUACCACUCGUACGAGGCCAUCCGCCAAGCCUUCAGGGUGUGGGAGCAGGCCACACCGCUGGUCUUCCAGGAGGUGCCUUAUGAAGACAUCCGGCAGAAGCGGAAGAAAGAGGCUGAUAUCAUGGUGCUUUUUGCCUCUGGCUUCCACGGAGACAGCUCCCCCUUUGACGGUGUGGGGGGGUUUCUGGCUCAUGCCUACUUCCCCGGCCCAGGGAUGGGAGGGGAUACACACUUCGACUCAGAUGAGCCCUGGACGCUGGAGAACACGGAUGUGUCUGGGAACAACCUUUUCCUGGUGGCCGUGCAUGAGCUGGGGCACUCUCUGGGCCUGGAGCACUCCAGCAACCCCAGUGCUAUCAUGGCCCCCUUCUACCAGUGGAUGGACACAGAGAACUUCCAGCUGCCCGAGGACGAUCUCAAGGGCAUCCAGCAGCUGUACGGUACUGCAGAUGGGCACCCUCAGCCCACCAAGCCCUUGCCCACCGUGACACCCCGGAGGCCUGGUAGACCAGACCAGAGACCCCCCAAGCCUCCCCCACCAGGGAAACCAGAGAGGCCCCCCAAACCCGGCAGCCCAGACCGGCCUGACCAGUACGGCCCCAACAUCUGUGACGGGAACUUCGACACGGUGGCAGUGCUGCGCGGGGAGAUGUUUGUGUUUAAGGGUCGAUGGUUCUGGAGGGUUCGGCACAACCGGGUGCUGGACAACUACCCCAUGCCCAUCGGGCACUUCUGGCGGGGCCUGCCCGGGGACAUCGAUGCCGCCUAUGAAAGGCACGAUGGGAGAUUUGUCUUCUUUAAAGGUGACCGGUACUGGCUUUUCCGAGAAGCCAACCUGGAGCCCGGGUACCCACAGCCCCUCACCAGCUACGGGCAGGGCAUCCCCUACGACAACAUUGACACUGCUAUCUGGUGGGAGCCCACAGGGCACACCUUCUUCUUCCGCGGGGACAGAUACUGGCGCUUUAACGAGGACACCCGCUCGGUGGACCCUGGGUACCCGAAGCCCAUCUCCGUGUGGGUGGGCAUCCCUCCCUCGCCCAAGGGUGCCUUCCUCAGCUCAGAUGCCGCCUCGACCUACUUCUACAGAGGCACAAAGUACUGGAAGUUCGACAACGAGCGGCUAAAGACAGAGCCGGGCUAUCCCAAGUCCAUCCUGCGGGACUUCAUGGGCUGCCACAUGGAGCUGGUCCCUGACCCCAACCCCAGGUGGCCUGACGUGGACCGGCCGCCCUUCAACCCCGACGGGGACGGGGGAGAGCGCCCUGGUGGUGGGGCUGAAGCCGAGGAGGACGAGGAAGAGGAGGAGGAUGAGGAGGAUUACGGCGAGGGUGGCCCCGAGCAGGGCAGCGACGUGGACGUGGUGGUGCAGAUCGACGAGUACACGCGCACCAUGAGCGUCGUCAUGGUGCUGGUGCUGCUGGUGCUGCUGCUCUGCAUCCUCGGCCUCAUCUACGUCAUCGUGCAGAUGCAGAGGAAGGGCGCACCCCGAAUGCUCUUGUACUGCAAGCGCUCCUUGCAGGAGUGGGUCUGACCCCGGCCCCUUCCCCAACUCCCUCCCACCACCAUGGUGCUAACGACGAAUCUGACCUCCCCCCUCGCCCCAACAGCCUAUUUAUACCGAGCGGUUCCUCCCACGACUGGCUCAGCCCCCUCCACCCCACCCUUGCUUGACGUCUCUCAGGCUUCGGAAAGCGGAGGGGACACCUGUGUGCCCCGAGCCAGGGUGAGGGGCUCCCCGACCCUCCCCCCAGCAUUUGUGUAGCCGGGCUCCGGACCGACCACAUUGUGACUAUGGGACGUUUGCCACCUUUGGAAAGCGCAAGGAGCUGGGGGAAACCGGGCUGGAGGGAGUCUUAGCCCCACAGGUUCACGAGGGUCCUCCUUGCUGCUCCUCGGCAUCUGCCUUGUCGCAGCACGCCCUGCUCUGCGCCUCUCGCAGUGUCCCCCUGUGCCGGCGUGCCCCGUGGCAGCUCUGAGGGCCAGCACCGGGGGCCCUGCACCGUGCCUGCGACCCCAACAGAGGCGGUGAGCCGGGGCACGUUCACCUGCUGGACUGUGGACUCUUGUUUCCGUGCCAAGUGAGGGUGAAGAGGCUGGGAUUGGGUCCAGCUCCCUGCCCGAGCCUGGGGACUGCUCCUGGCACUGCUCAUCUGUGCCAUGAGCUGGCAGGUCUCAGCAGCAGGCACCCCUUGAGCUGCCUGCGCCUGUAGCCAGGUUGGGCCGCAUGUCCGGCAGAGAAGCGCCGAGGGAAAGGGAGGGCUGAGCUCGCUGUGAUUUAUUUCCUGUUUAACUGUUUGUAGCUGGGAGACGGGGUGCGGGCGGGGGGGCCGUGGUCCGGGAUGCAGUGCCUAAAGAUAGCACGCGGCUUGGAAACCUGACCUGGGAAAGCAUGCGAGGGGCUGGCGGCCUCCCCCCCCAC